CACAGUCUAUCGUUGACCCAUCUGUCGGACAGUUUCGUGAGGAAAACUUUGGAAAAUAUUCCGCGAAAAUGUUCCAAAUCGAAAGUUACAUUUCGGCUCUAUUGGUCCUGUUGCUGCUAAAGGACCUAGGAUUCGCAGAGGCCGAGCUGCACAACAAGCAGCUAACCAUAUUUGCCGAGGCGGGACGCCAGGAGUGCUACCUCCAACCCAUUGCCGCCUCCGAGAACAUACGUAUAGAUUAUCAGGUGAUACACGGCGGCCAUGGCGAGCCGCACAUCAACUUCAACCUAAUGGAUCCGAGCCGACGCCUCCUGAUCACCGAUGUCAAGCAGGAGAAGGGCACACAUCAACUGGUGGCCCGCGAAACGGGCUCCUACAAGCUCUGCUUCGACAACACCAUUAGUUCGUUCAACCAGAAGAUCGUAGCCUUUACUUUGGGCGUGACGGCAGCGGACAGAAAGGAACAGGAACUUAGGAAUCUGCGGAAGGAAAUGCUCACCGAUUAUCAAUUCGAUCUGGCCUAUACCAGCAUUGACAAUUACAUUUCAAAAAUAAGGGUUAACUUUGACAGAUCGCGGCAAACUCAAGACUAUAUACGCACCAUCGAGGCCAGGGACCGCCAUGUGGCUGAAUCCAAUUUCGAGAAGGUCAACAUUUGGUCGGCCGUGCACCUAUUGGCCAUGAUUAUUGUGGGUUGUUUGCAGGUGAUAAUGCUGCGAAGUAUUUUCAGUUUGAACGGGCGGUUUUACAAGUUUUGGAAAUGUUUUUGAACCACAAGGAAAAUCGAUGCGACUUGUUAAUUGUUGAAUAAUUUUAAAGCGGAUAUAAAAAUUGA